GGGGCAGCUAUUCCAGGGGCAACAACUGCUUUCCUCUGUUCCCAUCUCCCCAUUGGUGGCUUCCGACCCGAAUUUGGGAAUGGGGAGAUGUCCCACCUGUUAUCUUGGAGCCGGCUAAUUAAUCUCUUGUAAGCAGAAGUGCCAUCUGGAGUCUUCAACGCCGGUUGGCUCGGGACUGGGAAUUUUACCCCCUAACCCAACUCCAUGCUUUCCAAUACAUACUAUUUUUCUCUAAGGCUACUUUAGAAUUUUGGUUUUUGUUUUAAUUGUAAGAAUCUGUAAUAACUAUUUUUGCUUUGGUCAUACUGUGCUUGAAGUGUGGAAACAACUAUCACUUGCCUUCUCUGGUCUUGUUUAUAAGAUUAUUUUGUUGUUGUUGUUAGUUUACUCUGCUACGGUUAAAACACGUUUAGAACAUGGGUAAUUCAUUGGAUUUCAGAGUUCUUUUAAUUCUUCUGCAAGAUUUCAAAUUCUCUAGAAGUCAAAAUGGGACACAGUGAACAGAUUAGAAUUUUACUUCUGAACGAAAUGGAAAAGCUGGAAAAGACCCUCUUCAGACUUGAACAAGGGUUUGAACUACAGUUCCGAUUAGGCCCAACUUUACAGGGAAAGGCAGUUACUGUACACACAAAUUACCCAUUUCCUGGAGAAACAUUUAAUCGAGAAAAAUUUCGUUCCCUGGAAUGGGAAAAUCCCUCAGAAAGAGAAGAUGAUUCUGAUAAAUACUGUAAACUUAAUCUUCAACAAGCUGGAUCAUUUCAGUAUUACUUCCUUCAAGGAAAUGAGAAAAGUGGCGGGGGUUAUAUAGUCGUGGACCCUAUUUUACAUGUUGGUGCUGAUAAUCGUGUGUUACCCUUGGACUGUAUUACUCACCAGACAUUUUUAGCUAAGUGUUUAGGACCCUUUGAUGAAUGGGAAAGCAGACUUAGGGUUGCAAAAGAAUCAGGCUACAACAUGAUUCAUUUUACCCCAUUGCAGACUCUUGGACAAUCUAGAUCAUGCUACUCCCUUGCUGAUCAGUUAGAAUUAAAUCCUGACUUUUCCAGACCUAAUAAAAAGUGUACCUGGAAGGAUGUUGGACAGCUAGUGGAAAAACUGAAAAAGGAAUGGAGUAUUCUUUGUAUUACUGAUGUUGUCUACAAUCAUACUGCUACUGGUAGUAAAUGGAUCCAGGAACAUCCAGAAAGUGCAUAUAACCUUGUGAAUUCUCCCCACUUGAAACCUGCCUGGGUCUUAGACAGAGCACUUUGGCAUUUAUCCUGUGACAUUGCAGACGGGAAAUACAAAGAAAAAGGAGUGCCUGCUUUGGUUGAAAAUGACCAUCAAAUGAAUUGCAUUCGAAAAAUACUUUGGGAGGAUAUUUUUCCAAAGAUUCAACUCUGGGAAUUUUUCCAAGUAGACGUUUACAAAGCAGUUGAGCAAUUUAGAGGACUUCUUACACAAGAAAAUAGGAAAAUAACAACCAAGCCUGAUCCAGAGCUACACCUUAAGAUUAUUCAGGAUCCUGAAUACAGAAGGCUUGGCUGUACUGUAGACAUGAACAUUGCACUAGCGACUUUCAUACCACAUGACAAUGGGCCAACCGCAGUUGAUGAAUGCUGUAAUUGGUUCCGAAAGAGAAUUGAAGAAUUAAAUUCAGAGAAACAUCAACUCAUAAACUAUCAUCAAGAACAGGCAGUUAAUUGCCUUUUGGGAAAUGUGUUUUAUGAACGACUGGCUGGCCACGGACCUAAACUAGGACCUGUCACUAGAAAACAUCCUUUAGUUACUAGAUAUUUUACUUUCCCAUUUGAAGAAAUGGCCCUCUCCACAGAAGAAUCUAUAAUUCAUCUCCCAAAUAAAGCUUGUUUUCUGAUGGCACAUAAUGGAUGGGUAAUGGGAGAUGAUCCGCUUCGAAACUUUGCUGAACCAGGUUCAGAAGUUUAUCUAAGGAGAGAACUUAUUUGCUGGGGAGACAGUGUUAAAUUACGCUAUGGGAAUAAACCAGAGGACUGUCCUUAUCUCUGGGCACACAUGAAAAAAUACACUGAAAUAACUGCAACUUAUUUCCAGGGAGUACGUCUUGAUAACUGCCACUCAACACCUCUUCAUGUAGCUGAGUACAUGUUGGAUGCUGCUAGGAAAUUGCAACCCAAUCUAUAUGUAGUGGCGGAACUGUUCACUGGAAGUGAAGACCUGGACAAUGUCUUUGUUACUAGACUGGGCAUUAGUUCCUUAAUAAGAGAAGCAAUGAGUGCAUAUAAUAGUCAUGAAGAGGGCAGAUUGGUUUACCGAUAUGGAGGAGAACCUGUUGGGUCGUUUGUUCAGCCCUGCCUGAGGCCUUUGAUGCCAGCCAUUGCACAUGCCCUGUUUAUGGAUGUUACCCAUGAUAAUGAGUGUCCUAUUGUGCAUAGAUCAGUAUAUGAUGCUCUCCCAAGUUCCACGAUUGUUUCUAUGGCGUGUUGUGCUAGUGGAAGUACUAAAGGCUACGAUGAAUUAGUGCCUCAUCAGAUUUCAGUGGUUUCUGAAGAACGGUUUUACACUAAGUGGAAUCCUGGAGCAUCCCCAUCAGAUACAGGUGAUGUUAAUUUCCAAAGUGGAAUUAUUGCAGCCAGGCGUGCUAUCAAUAAACUUCAUCAAGAGCUUGGGGCCAAAGGUUUUAUUCAGGUGUAUGUGGAUCAGGUUGAUGAAGACAUAGUGGCAAUAACAAGACACUCACCUAGUAUCCAUCAGUCUGUCGUGGCUGUGUCUAGAACUGCUUUCAGAAAUCCCAAAACUUCAUUUUACAGCAAGGAAGUCCCUCAAAUGUGCAUCCCUGGCAAAAUUGAAGAAGUAGUUCUUGAAGCUAGAACUGUUGAAAGAAAUACAAAACCUUAUAAGAAAGAUGAGAAUUCAAUCAAUGGAAUGCCAAAUAUCACAGUAGAAAUUAGAGAACAUAUUCAGCUUAAUGAAAGUAAAAUUGUUAAACAAGCUGGAAUUGCCACAAAAGGACCCAAUGAAUAUAUUCAAGAAAUAGAAUUUGAAAACUUGUCUCCAGGAAGUGUUAUUGUAUUCAGAGUUAGUCUUGAUCCACAUGCACAAGUUGCUGUUGGAAUUCUUCGAAAUCAUCUAACACAGUUCAGUCCUCACUUUAAAUCUGGAAGCCUUGUUGUUGACAAUUCAGAUCCUAUAUUAAAAAUUCCUUUUGCUUCUAUUGCCUCUAAAUUAACUUUGGCUGAGCUAAAUCAGGUUCUCUACCGAUGUGAAUCAGAAGAACAAGAAGAUGGUGGGGGAUGUUAUAACAUACCAAACUGGUCAUCUCUUAAAUAUGCAGGUCUUCAAGGAUUAAUGUCCGUAUUGGCAGAAAUAAGACCAAAGAAUGACUUGGGGCAUCCCUUUUGUGAUAACUUGAGAUCUGGUGAUUGGAUGAUUGACUAUGUCAGUAGCCGGCUUAUUUCACGAUCAGGAGCUAUUGCUGAAGUUGGUAAAUGGUUGCAGGCUAUGUUCUUCUACUUGAAGCAGAUCCCACGUUAUCUUAUCCCAUGUUACUUUGAUGCUAUAUUAAUUGGUGCAUACACCACUCUUCUGGAUACAGCAUGGAAGCAGAUGUCAAGCUUUGUUCAGAAUGGUUCCACCUUUGUGAAACACCUUUCACUGGGUUCAAUACAAAUGUGUGGUGUAGGAAAAUUCUCUUCUCUCCCACUUCUUUCACCUUCACUUAUGGAUAUACCAUACAGGCUAAAUGAGAUCACAAAAGAAAAGGAGCAAUGUUGUGUGUCCCUAGCUGCAGGCUUACCUCAUUUUUCUUCUGGCAUUUUCCGCUGCUGGGGAAGGGACACUUUUAUUGCGUUUAGAGGUCUGCUCCUGAUUACUGGACGCUAUUUAGAAGCCAGGAAUAUUAUUUUAGCAUUUGCUGGUACCCUGAGACAUGGUCUCAUUCCUAAUCUCCUGGGUGAAGGAACUCACGCCAGAUACAACUGCCGGGAUGCUGUAUGGUGGUGGCUGCAGUGUAUUCAGGAUUAUUGUAAAGUGGUGCCAAAUGGCCUAGAUAUUCUCAAAUGUCCAGUUUCCAGAAUGUAUCCGUCAGAUGAUUCUGCUCCUUUGCCUGCUGGCACAGUGGAUCAGCCAUUGUUUGAAGUAAUACAGGAAGCUAUGCAAAGGCACAUGGAGGGCAUACAGUUCCGAGAAAGGAAUGCUGGUCCACAGAUAGAUCGAAACAUGAAGGAUGAAGGUUUUAAUAUAACCGCAGGGGUUAAUGAAGAAACAGGAUUUGUUUAUGGAGGAAAUCGCUUUAAUUGCGGCACAUGGAUGGAUAAAAUGGGAGAAAGUGACAGAGCUAGAAACAGAGGAAUCCCAGCCACUCCAAGAGAUGGAUCUGCUGUUGAAAUUGUAGGCCUGAGUAAAUCUGCCGUUCGUUGGUUGCUGGAAUUAUCCCAGAAAAAUAUUUUCCCUUAUCAUGAAGUCACAGUAAAAAGACAUGGAAAGGUUGUGUCAGUCUCAUAUCAUGAAUGGAACAGAAAAAUACAAGACAACUUUGAAAAGCUAUUUUAUGUGUCUGAAGACCCUUCAGAUAGUAAUGAAAAGAAUCCUAAUCUGGUUCACAAACGUGGCAUUUACAAAGACAGUUACGGAGCUUCAAGCCCUUGGUGUGACUACCAGCUCAGGCCUAACUUUACCAUAGCAAUGGUUGUAGCCCCUGAGCUCUUUACUACAAAAAAAGCAUGGAAAGCUUUGGAGAUGGCAGAAAAAAAAUUGCUUGGUCCACUUGGCAUGAAAACUUUGGAUCCAGAUGAUAUGGUUUACUGUGGAAUUUAUGACAAUGCCUUAGACAACGACAAUUACAAUCUUGCUAAAGGUUUCAAUUAUCACCAAGGACCUGAGUGGCUAUGGCCCACUGGGUAUUUCCUUCGUGCAAAAUUAUAUUUUUCCAAAUUGAUGGGCCCAGAGACUAAUGCAAAGACUAUGUUUUUGGUUAAAAAUGUUCUUUCCCGACAUUAUGUUCAUCUUGAGAGAUCCCCUUGGAAAGGACUUCCAGAACUGACCAACGAGAAUGGCCAAUACUGUCCUUUCAGCUGUGAAACACAAGCCUGGUCAAUUGCCACUAUUCUUGAAACACUCUAUGACUUAUAGUUGACUCAUGGAUAUUUAUUAAGUAUGCAAUCACUUGUAUUAUGGAAUGCGAGGACACAGUAUAAUGUAAAUGCUUUAUAUGCACAAGCUUGAAUCAUUUAAAAAAUCUAAUUCAUAUAAUAUUGAUGCUCAAUUAGGUAAGACUGUAAAAGCAUUGAUUUUUCUUUUCUUUUUUUUAAUGUACAGAGGUAGCUUUUGAUUUAAGUCAGAGAAAAUUAUCAUUACCAAUGGAAUGUUUUUCUUUUGAAUUCAGUAAUACCUAGAAUUCAAAUACAGUGGUACCUCGGUUUUCGAAUGUAAUCUGUUCCAGAAGACCAUUCGAGUUGUGAAACUUUCGAAAACCGAGGUGUGGUUUCCCCAUAGGAAGUAAUGCAAAAUGUAUUAAUCCAUCCAGACCUUUAAAAUCAAUCCUUAAAACUGCAAAUUUAGCAUGAAUUUUACUAUCUAAUGAUACCAUGGAUCCAUAAAAUUUACAGCAUUUAUAAACCGAAAUGUUCGUCAAUGGAGUCGUUUGAAAACCGAGGUACCACUGUACCUAGAAAUAAAGAGUUUGGAAAUUCAGAGUUUGAAAAAGAAAAGUCAUGUAAUCUUCAAUUUGUACAUAAGUGAAAAUGAAAUAUGACAGUGUAAUCAUGAAAGAAGUGGAAAAGUAUCUUUAAAUUAUGGUAUACAUUUUCUUCAGUAACAAUAUUUACUGAAUAGGCCAUGGUUAAUUAAUGGUCUCCCCUUUUACUACAGUAUUUUUAGCACCUUCCACACUGCAUUCAAUAACUAUUAAAUGAAUGUUAAAUUGUGAAAGUGUCCACCUACAAUAUAUGUUCAUAAAUGGAGCACAGAUGUUCAUACGUGCUUUUAUUUUUUUCACUGAUAUAUUCAUAUGUGUUUUACUAUAAUGAAUGCUAACAGUAUAUUUAACAUGAUUUACUUGUGCUAGUGAUACAUAGAAUAUAUUUUUAAAAAAAACUCGUUAGUAAUUUAAUUCCUAAAAACAGUUUUAUAAAAUUAGUCUUGAGUUUCAGUUUCCUACUAUAAGAUGGUUUACAUUUUCAAAAUGCAAAUUGCUAGACAUAUUUAUGAGAACUUUAAAGAAAAAUGCUAUAUUAAUUUUCUAAAACUUAAUAACUAUUUUUAGUUUGUGUGUAAAAGUGUAUCGGGAUAUCAUAGCAGAAACUAAUUCCCUAUUAACCAAAACCUGCCAUUGAUUCGUUUAGUGUUAAGCAUAAUCUUAGUGUCAUAAAAAUAGAGAUGAAUUCAGUAGCUAUCUUGAAUUCCAUAAAAUCAUCUGAAAAGUUUUUCAUGUUGUUUUAAAAUACCUUAAAUCUGAAGAAGCCGUAAAAAUAAAAAGGGUUUUAACAUUUAUAUGAUUUGACAUUUUUGAAUAGUACUUGUUUUCUAGAUGGAAUUUUUUUUACUGUUUUUGUCUCAAAACACUUAAAAUAGAUUAUUAUACUUUGAGUUGAAAGAAAGUAGUUGCUAAAAUCCUUUUAUUACUAUAUGAUAUUAUUCAAUGGUAUAUUUAUAGUUAAAAUAAUGGUACAGUAACACUUUUCUCAGUUAGAGAUCACAUACCCAACCACCUUAACUGUGACUAAGAAGUAAAAUAAAGAAGAAAAACAAGUAAACUGAAACUUCUGAGUAGUAGAAAUAUAUAAAUCCUUCAGAUGUCACAUACCCAUUCUCAAAAGCUCGUGCAAUUUACUGUAAGAUUACCUGCACACUCUUUUUCAAAGCUGACCCUACUUUAGAAAUAGUUUUAACUAACUUAGUUUUCUGGUUUUCCAACCUAAAGUAGAUUAAGCCCUACAAAUUUAAGGACAGUUGUGACAAUAAUCGGACUGCUAUCUAUAAAUGCAUUGUUUUCCAAGUUCCCCUUCCUUCUUCAUUGCUCAGUGUAUAACCUUCCCUAAGUUGUGCAGUUAAAAGACCUUCCUUGAGAGAGAAAAAUAUUAGUCAUCCAGGGUUUAUGUAGUUCUGUUGCUCUACUUUAAUUUCUAUAUUAAAGGUGGUAAGAAAAGUAACUGAGAACCAACAUUUAACGAAAGCAAGAAGUAAUGGCUGACAGUUAAAUGUGAUAAGAAAGUUAAUAAAUAAUAAAUAACGAGUUGACAAUUUAAAAAACAUAGCCAUACUGGGCAAAUACCCACUUCACUAAAUUUUUAGGACAUUGUAUUGAAUUAGAAAAUUAAAUGGUUCAUAUUCCUAAUAAGGAAUUUUAAUGAAAGAACAUUGUUAUAAUAUGCAUGACCUAUUUUAAAAUUUAAGAAGGUACGUUAGUUCAUCAAAGUAAUUAAAAUAACAGUUUUAGACUUUAGAGAGAUAAAUGUCAUUUGAGUAAAAAACAUGUAAGUAGAAUGCUUCAUUCCUGAGUGAUGUUGGAUGAGGUACCAUUAUAUUACAUUUCAGGAAUGGCUCUGUGCCUUGGUUCUUUACUAACCAAAAUCAGGCUUACUCUUUAACAUGAGAAGUAAGUUUGCCAGUUAAACCAGUAUGCUAUGACAAUUUAUUAAGUUUUAAAGAUAAUUGAGAAAACAUGAGACCUGUCUUAUCUAUGGACCUUAUAACCUAUGUUAAUUUUAACUCAUUUCUGAAAUGUCUUCAACUGCUCUAUCUAGUAGACAAACAUCAUUUUUACAUCUGUGUGCCAAGAAAAUAAAAAUCUUUUCUAAAGGUCUAUAUUUGCUUUCAUUCCAUUAUUUACCAUUGAGCUAAUUUGUUAAUGCUGACUAUGACCAUUUAUUUAGAGCUUGCUUAUUUGGGGUGCUUAUCGUUUUUACAGAAUGUAUGGGGACAGAGAGAAGAAAGACUUACAGGCUGUUUGGUAAUUUAUCUAAUUAGCCAUGAUGAAAUUAAGAGCAAAAUAAAUUUCUGAUGUACGAAUAGAUCUGUUAGCAAUUCUACACUCCCCUGGUAUUUCUUGAAACCUUUCACACUACUGUGAAUUUUUUAUUUACCUUUCAUUAGCCUACUAAAGGCAAAUACUACAGGCCAGAAUAGACAUAAUGUAGAUGGGUGCCUCCUGAAGUGGCCAAAAAGAUUUUUGAAUUAUACUACAUAAUAAUAUAUUCAUGUAUACAGAAUGACAUCUAAUAACCAAAGUUGAUUCAUUUGGUCUAAGUUUUUAUGAGUGAAUUUGAUAAAGUUGCCAAAUUUACUUACAUAAAUCCUCACUGUACCAAAAUAAUAAACGCAAGUAAGUCACUUAAAUUUUUUUUUUUCAUUUGUAGGAGCCUCAAACUUAUUAAGUAAUACUGAUACAUUGUCAUUUUGACUACAGUUUUUCCCCCUAAUAUAUUUGCCUUGUUAUUUUGUUUAGAGGGUUUUUUUUUGUUUAACUUACAACAGCUUU